GCAAAAAAAUGACAAACUUCUCAUUUCUAGAGAUAAAGGAUGCUGCUUCAAGUGACGAAGGAUGGUAUACCUGUUCUGCGAAAAAUGAAGUGGGAAAUGUAACUGUUAGGUUUUUGCUACUUAUUGGACUCCAAGGAAACCGUAAUUACAAAAGUCCCGAACAAGAAAAGAGCUCAAGUAACGGCGUGAUGUUAACAACAUUUAAUGGAGUUCUCGGCUUCCUCAUCCUUCUUCUAAUAAUUUACAUAGUCUGGCUACACAGGAAAGGCGCACUAAUGAAACAAAGUUCCUGUGAAGAUGAAAGAAAUGCUUUCGACAAUUUGGUGGCUUUACAAGAUAUCGAACAAAGUUUGCCCCAUUCAAGCGCACUCACUCAACCUCCUGAGGAGUACAUCGCUCUCAGAGACGUCAGCAAAGAUAAUAGAAGAACAAAAAGUACAAGUCCAGGUGCUGAUUACGCCCCUGUUCAUCCACUGAGACGCUCCUGGGAAGUUCCAAGACAUCACGUGACCAUAGAAAAAGUUAUUGGCAAAGGUGCUUUUGGACAGGUUGCCAAGGGAACGGCAGUAAGACUUAGAGGGAGGCCUGAUACGACUACAGUAGCUAUAAAGAUGCUUAAAUCUAACGCCGCUGAAUCGCAGAAGAGAGCUUUGGUGAAAGAACUUGAAACGAUGAAGAACCUUCAACCACAUCCUCACGUCAUCAAACUUCUGGGAUGUGUUACUGAAUCUGAUGAACUCCUGGUAUUGAUUGAAUAUGUUCCUUUUGGAGAUCUCCUGGGUUACCUGAGAAAAAGCCGUGGAUUAAAUGACACUUACUACAAAGACCCGGAUAUCGAACCACAAACAAAUCUGACAUCACAGCAGCUGAUGAAGUUUUCCUGGCAAAUCGCUGAUGGCAUGAGUUACCUUUCCUCAAAAUCUAUCAUCCAUCGGGACCUUGCAGCCCGUAAUGUGUUGGUUGGACUAAACGAAACGUGUAAAGUGACAGAUUUUGGAAUGGCCAAAGAUGUGCAGCAGGAAAAUAUCUAUGAACGAAAAACAAAGGGCCGUCUCCCAGUGAAGUGGACAGCUUAUGAAGCGUUGUUGUAUGGGACCUAUACCACCAAAAGUGACGUAUGGAGUUAUGGAGUCGUCCUUUACGAGAUUUUCACCAUAGGCGGUUCACCUUAGCCACGAAUGGAUGGAAAAAAAAUUGUAAACUUUCUUGAAGAGGGAUACAGAAUGCGUAAACCACAACACGUGGAUGAUGAAUUGUAUCAGAUCAUGAUGAGAUGCUGGCAAAAUGACCCGGAUGAAAGACCAGCUUUCACAGAAUUGAAAACCGAGCUUAAAGACAUGGAAACUCUACACAAGAGACUGAUCGACAUGAGAAUGUACGACAAGCAGAUGUAUGCGAACGUCGAGGAUUUGUUCAUUUAGUGAGGUACAAGUCCUCAGUGUUUGAUUGGCGAACUGUUUGAAUACAAUGCUGCCUCCUCGCAAAGAUUCUAGCGUAUUUAGCAACUAGAAAAUAUAGGAAACUUGGUGCUUAGUUUAAGCUCGAGAAUCGGUGUACUUUUGGAGAAAUUUAGAUGAAUGUUUUCCCCGUUUUACCCUACAGCCUGAAUGACCGAAACUAUACCGCAAUAAAAAAUCGAUUAGUGUUUACAUUGACUCUCAGGGAAAAUUGAAUGCAUUAGAGCAAAGAUAAAUGAUGUUAUUAUAUAUGGUAGAAGUACCAAUUUGUAAUGCUAUAGUGAGCUUGCCAUGGAAACAAAAAUGCUUGAACCUCUAAAAUCACAUUUUUGUGCACUACCCUUCAGUGCCUGCUGCAUGCAAAAUUUUAAGAGGUGGAUAAUUUUCCAUUUGCAAGUUAUCUGAUUCUGACAGAGACUAGUUCUUCAUCUGGUUGUAUAAAUUUUUAUCAACAAAGUUAUCAGGCUGCAAAAUUGGAAUUAGCUGGACAUGGGUGAUGCUCUUAUGAAUGAGGUGAUGUUCUCAGGAAUCAUCCUUGUUCCUAUUUGUCUUAAAUACGAAAAGAAGUGGUUCUGACUUUCUUUUGGUUUUUCAGGUGUUUAAAGUGCAUUAAAAAUUUAUACUUUUGAAAAACACGGUUAAAAAGAAGUAGAAUUUUGUUAAAGAGUGCGAACUCGAGCCUUUUAUUUUCUUAUCCCCCAGAAAUAAGCCUGAUUUCUUUAUACGAAUGCAUUGUUGAAAAUCGACAUUCCCUCCAUUAUCUUGAUUUGUGUUAGUAAUUUUAUUACUUAAACCACGCGAAUAAAUAAAA